UUGCUCGGACCAGAUCACUCUUGCUCGGACUACAGAUACCCGCGCUGCAUCAUGGGGGAAUGCGUUUUAUGUACUAAACAAGAUCCCGUCUACAUUUUAAACAUUGACAUGCGGAAUAACGAAGAUACAUUAUUUCCAAUAUUUGCCGUAUUACGCUGGAAUUAUUUUGAUGUUGAAAAAUGAAAAGCUAUUGCUUUGACUGACCUCUUGGAUUUGCGCAUGCGCACUGUAUCACAGGAAGUUUACUAGUGAGGCGCACUGCGCGGUUGUUAUGUUUUUUAGUAAGAGACAUUGGAGGCAUUCAAAUCAAGCAAUUGUAUAUUCUAUCUAGUAAAGAUGCACACUAUGAUGUGAUAUCAUGCAGUCUGUGCCACCAAGCCAGUGACCAAGUCAGGUAUCAGCCUGUUUUUAGUUUGCAGUCCUCUAGAGCAUUCUCCAUCAUGGCUCACUGGACCAAGUUCGAGAAGGAUACCGAGAGAGAAACCAAGACCCUGGUCAGAUGGGCCAGCGGGAUCGAGGACGAGAAUGACCAGAACUUCCAAUUGGCAUUAAAGUUCGCAUGGUCCAAUUUCAAGUUCCACAAUUACCUGGACGUCGACAGCCAUAAAGUCACCCGCAGCAUCAAUGGGAUAUACGAGAAGCUGAUGAUCCACUCGGACGUAACUAAAGCUGAAUCAUGGGCUCGCCUCACCGAUGAGUUCCUGAACUCGCCCUUGAUGAACGUGGACGGCACUAAGACAGAUGCUCAUUACAGCAUACUGUCCAUGAUGCUUCUGCUUGCGGGGCCCCCCACAAACACAGAGUAUGUAGAGAGACCCCGGCUCAAAGAAGCAGAAGUGAAGGAUACUUUUGAUUGGGCAAAGUACCUGAUCGAGGAUGAAGACCUGGAGUGUGGGCCGUACCCUGACACCCCGGAGUGGUCAGAGGAGGAGAGCGAUGAAGAGGACCCCCAGCAGCCAAUCAGCAGAGGGGAUUCGGGUAUUCAGGUAGACCGAACGCCCCAGGAGGACCAGGACAACACUAACCCGGCACUCGCCCUCACAUGGACAGUUGGAGAGCCGGAUGCCAGGGCCUGGCUGGAGCAGCAUGUGGUGACCCCGUAUUGGGUUACUCACGCUUCCCGGUUCCCCCACAGCCUCCAUCUGCAUUCCAACCUUCUCAACGUCUGGGACCAGUACCUGUACAACACUGACCCGUUGUAUCUUCCUGAAGACAAGGCCUUUGUGACGGAGUCGCAGGUGAUACGCGAGACGCUGUGGCUGCUGUCAGGGGUGAAGAAGCUCUUCAUAUUCCAGUUCCACGAGGGGAAGGUGUCUGUGAGGAACGACGUAGUGGUGACCCAUCUGACCAGCAGCUGCCUCCGCUCGGUGCUGGAUGACAUCGCCGUGUACGGCCAGGCGGUCUUCAGGCUGCAGCGGUUCAUCGACGAGGUCACGGGCCACUCCUCGGAGCCCGGACCCCCGCCGCCCAGCUCCUCCUCCGGCUCCCACUGCUCCUCCUCCUCCCACUCCUCGUGCCGGGAGCCCCCCUUCCGGACCUACCAGGCCUUCGUGUGGGCCCUCUACAAGUAUUUUUCCAGCUUCCGGGAGGAGCUCACCACCAUAGAGAAGCAGCUCAUCGGCAAAGACGAGACGGUGACUCUGUCGGCCGUGCUGGUCCGGCUCCGCCCCCACCUGGCGCAGAUCCGCGUCCUGCACAAGGUGUUCUGCACGGGCGUGGCCGAGGUCCCCGUGGACACCACCAACGUGGUGCGGGCCUCCCACCUCCUCAACACGCUCUACAAGGCCAUCAUAGAGUACGACAGCGUGGGCGAGGCCUCGGAGCACACGGUGGCUCUGCUGUUCUCUCUGUGGACGGAGACGGUUCGUCCGUACCUGGAGAUCGUGGAUGAGUGGAUUGUUCACGGACAGCUGUUCGACCCCGCCCGGGAGUUCAUCAUUCAGAGGAACAAGGACGUGCCGGUGAACCACCGGGACUUCUGGUACGCCACCUACACGCUGUACAGCAUCUCGGAGCCCGUGGAGGGGGAGGACCGGAUGAAUGACGCGGGCAGCGGGAGCUCCGCCGGGGAGCAGACCUCCGGGGCCGGGGGCCGGCAGCCCACAAUGGUCUCCUUCCUCAAGCCCGUCCUCAAGCAGAUCAUCAUGGCGGGCAAGAGCAUGCAGCUGCUCAAGAACCUGGACUGCAAGGAGAGCGUGCCGGCCGACAGCGCCUCUAGAGACGCGGAGAGGAAAAGCUUGUACACUUUGUUCUUGGAGUCGGUUCAGUCGCGGCUCUGUCGCCGGGACGACUCGCCCCUGGAUGCGGUAACCGAGCAACAGGCCACUAAGCGCAGCCUGAUCAAGAUGCAGUCCAUCGUGGUGCAGCACCUGCAGAUCGACGACAUCCACGACCCGCUGCUCGCCAUCAACUUUGCCAGGCUUUACUUGGAGCAGAGCGACUUCCACGAGCGCUUCUCCGGCGGGGAGUUCAUCGUGGAUCGCUCCUCCCAGUCUGUGACGUGCCAGAGCUUUGAGCUGACUCUCCGCUCCUGCCUGUACCCCCACAUCCAGCGCAGAUACAUCCAGUGCUGCGGGAACCUCAUGACCACGCUCAAGAAGGACUACAAGCUGCUGGAGUACCUCCAGGCGAUGAGGAACUACUUCCUGUUGGAGGCCGGGGACACCAUGUACGACUUCUACACGGCCAUCUUCGAGCGUGUGCUGGAGAAGGAGAGCUGGCAGCAGCUGUCCUUCCUCAACGCUCAGCUGCAGGAGGCGGUGGGGCAGCGACACCCAGAGGACAGCAGCAGGCUGUCUAUCUUCCUGGAUACCAGCGAACCAGCCCGCAAGAAGCAGCCGGUCCACAACCUGGACGUCCUCACCCUGAGCUACAAGGUCCCCUGGCCCGUGGACAUCGUCAUCAGCAGCGAGUGCCAGCGGAUCUACAACCAGGUGUUCCUGCUGCUGCUGCAGAUCAAAUGGGCCAAGUACUGCCUGGACACGGUCCGGUUCAGCGAUCUUACGUCAGCCACUCAGAAAGCAGAAGGGGGCGUGGCCGGGGAGGGGGCGUCGGCCAAGGAGGGCAUAAACCAGCAGAUCCACCGCAUGUGUCUGCUGCGGGUCAAGCUGAUGCACUUCGUCAACAGCCUUCACAACUACAUAGUGACCCGGAUCCUGCACAGCACCGGUCUGGAGUUCCAGCACCAGGUCCAGGAGGCUAAAGACCUGGACCAGCUGAUCAAGAUCCACUACAGAUACCUGUCCACCAUCCACGACCGCUGCCUGCUCAGAGAGAAGGUCAGUUUCGUGAAGGAAGCCAUCAUGAAGGUCCUCAAUCUGGUCCUCAUCUUCUCUGACCGCUGGCAGGCCGGCUUCGGAGCCUGGAAGAUUGAGUCGAUAGACAAGAUGGAGUCUGACUUUAAGAACUGCCACAUGUUCCUGGUGACCAUACUGAACAAGGCCGUCUGCCGGGGUUCCUUCCCUCACCUGGAAUCCCUGGCCCUGUCACUGAUGGCGGGCUUCGAACAGUGCUGAAUAAACCAUUCUUGAGGUCACCGCCCUUCCGUUGCCACAGUUGCGAUGCCACACGGUCCAGAUGGCAAUAUCAGUCGUGAUGUCCCAGUUGUGAUGUCACAAUCCUGAAGGCAAUGUCACAGUCGCGAUGUCCAAGUUGUGAUGUCACAGUCGUGAUGUCCACGUUGUGAUGUCACAGUCCUGGUGGCAAUGUCAAAGGCCUGAAGUCCCAGUUGUGAUGUAAUUUGACAUUUGUGAGUCACUGUUGUGAUGUCACAGUUUUGAUGCAACAUUUGGGAUGUCACAGUUCUGAUGUCACAGUUGUGAUGGCAAUGUGACAGUCGGGAUGUCACAGUCAGGAUGUCACAGCCCUGAUGUGAUGCCACCGCAACGAUAUCCGCGUUCUGAUGUCAUCGUCUUUACAGCAAGAGACUAUGCCCCUCCCCACACCUCAUAUUGAAGGACUAACUUAACCAAAACAGAAAAAAUAAGGCACAGGGAGGGAGACUGUUUAUAUGAACAUUUAAGACUUGGUUGUAAUGUGUAACCCCUUGAAAACAGCAAAGCUUUCGAUACCAUUUCGUGUUGUGUUUUACCUGCUUUUCCAUUGCAUUGUUGAAAUAUGAUCAUAUUAAAUUAUUUUUUCCACUAACUCAUGAGUCAUAAUGGUGAUCAUUUUUUGCUUUAUUUAAACUAUUUAACAUUUUUGGGUUGCAAAAGAGUUGUAGACCCUUGUCUUUUCUGGAUACCUCAGCCUAUGUUUAUACGAGUUAAUUAUAUUAUUAACAUCAUAGGAUUUCAGUAAUAAUUUGAGGAAAAUCAGUACAAAUAAUGCUAAAUGUGCGCAGUAGAGAAGAACAAACCACAGAAUCCCUAAGAGAUAGGGCAAUAGAUUAUAGACGGAUGGAAAUUAAUGUUUGGAAAUGUGUGUAUUCUCUUGGUGAAUGAGUUAUAUGUGCCCACUCUACUUCUCAACAAAGCUCAAAGGUCCUGACUGGAAGAUACAUUUAUGGCCAGAGCGUAGGGAAUGUAGUCUGAUGAACGGUACAACAUCAGCUCCAUUAACAAUUAAUGUUGAUAGCUACUGAUGUAUGUAUGGUGUCGUAAAAUACCUUGCAGUAAGUUUGUUAUAACAUUUACAUUUACACAAAAACACAGACAGAAAAACACCUCAGAUUCAACACAGGAUGUUUGGGUUGAGUAGUAAUGUGAUUUCUUAAUCACAGAAUUAAACAUAUUACUUCCUAUCAUAAUCUUAUUUCACUCUAUAUACCAACUAAGGAUUAACAUAACGCAUGGAAUCUUGGAAGGCAAGUAAAAACAUAGAGUAAUU